CUUUCCCUCAACGCGUCUUGGAAUCGCCAUCUCCGCUUAUUUUCAACCGCAGGUUUAUAAGUUUCCUGAAAAGUCAACAAUUACAACCUCAUAAAUCGCAACUCUUGUAUUCAAACUACCGCAACCGAAUAAUUGUCGCCGCCGGUGACAGCUUCCAACGAUCAACCAUUUCUACAUCUAAUACCGGGGAGGGAAGCCUAGCUGGAGGUUUAGAUCAGUUAGUCGGAUUUACCACGAAGCUGCCAAGUUGUUUUCUCUACAUACACGGGUGUUGACACUCCUCGCCUCCGACCCCGGCUGCGGUGGUAUGGAGGGUCUGAGGGGUGGAGAAGGAGAGGACGACAGUGACAUUGAAAGUGUUGCGUCAACCAGAUCCCGGAGGUCCACUUGCUCUAUCGGGAGGCGGAAGCGAGGUGACUUAGAUCCUAGGGGCGCUGAAGAAGACGAGGAGACCGAAGACCAGUCCUCUGCAGAUGACAGAUCGCCUUCUGAAUCGUCCUCCGCCGUCUCCUCUUCCUCAGACGAUGAUGACGAUGAAUACGGGGAGGAUGAUGAAGAGGAAGAGGAAUGGCAAGCUGACAAGAAUGGGGAGCCUUGGCAAGGUGUUGAAGACGAGGAUGCCGAAAAGCCCACGAAGAAUCUCUGCAUACAUUGCGACAAAGACGAAGAUAACGAUCCUAGCCCCGAAUAUGAAGAUCCGCUUGAAUGCAUCUGUGGCUCCUUUGCUCACAAGCAAUGCGAUCGUGAAGCUAAUGAAUGUGGUGGAGUAAAGUCAGCCUUCGACGAAGAAACAUCAAAAUGGCGAUGUCCAUCAUGUGCUGCGGGGGGUCAUGAGCCAGUAUCGAGUCAGAAAGGCUUAUCUUCCCAGUCUAAGCAUUAUAGGCGGCCAAACACGGCUAAAGAAACGCCAAGACUAAGGGAACGAAAGCGGAAGCGUGAUGAUUCAAAUGAAGAUGCAAUAAACUCUCGUCGAAGAAAACGAGGAAAAUUCGAUCUCCCAAAGAAGAAGUACGGGAACACGAGCGAGGACGAGGAUGGUGAGUUUGAGCUCGAGCCAGAAGAUGAACAUCGGAUGGAGAUUUCCCAUGACGAAGAACAAGACGCUGUCUCGACAAGUUCGGAUAUACAGGAUACACCUCCCAAAGGAAAACAAAGAUUAUAUGAACCACGAACACCAGUUGUUACCUAUAAAAAAACGGCACGCAAAUUCCACUUACAUAUCACAAACCUCACACCAGGCAAAUUAGCGACUGUCCUUGCAACAAUUUCUAAUCCAAAUCUCAUCCAGCCGAAACCGAAGUCAAUACCGUCGGGCCCGAAAACAGAGGUUCAUAAGCCAGAGAAAUUGCCCGCCCGCAGGGGCCGGCCCCUUAAAUCUGCGACUGCUAGAGCCCCGCCAAAGACCCAUAUACCCAAACCAGUCUUCCAUAAUUUCUCACCCCAAGAUAAUGAAAAGUCUAAACCUUAUGGUGGGAUUCUUACUGAAGAGGAGGCAUCUACUGAAUUAACUCUGCCUGGGGCCGAGGAAAGAGACCGCUUUGAAAAGGCUCGUGCUGAGGCAGAAGCAGAAAAAGAAACCCGUUUGGUAAUAUCUGCAUCGCUCAACCCCCAACCCAAGCAAAAGAACAGGGACCGGAAUACCAGAUUUGCGGAUGCUUCGAAGAUCGAAUGUAUCCAUUUCGGGGAAUACGAAAUUGAUACUUGGUAUACUGCACCUUAUCCACAAGAGUACAGCGAAAACCGCGUGUUGUGGAUAUGCGAAUUUUGCUUAAAGUAUAUGAACAGCGAGUAUGUCGGAUGGAGACAUAAGAUGAAAUGUGAGAGCAAACAUCCGCCAGGCGAUGAGGUAUACAGAGAUGGUUCAAUAUCUGUUUUUGAAAUCGAUGGCAGAAAGCACUCACUAUACUGUCAAAAUCUGUGUGUGCUUGCAAAGCUGUUCUUGGGAUCCAAAACGUUAUAUUACGAUGUGGAACCAUUUCUAUUUUAUGUGAUGACUGAAUGCAAUGAGUUUGGAAUGCACUUUGUAGGAUAUUUCUCAAAGGAAAAACGCAUAUCAAGUCAGCACAAUGUAUCCUGUAUUUUGACAUUGCCGAUACACCAGCGCAAAGGAUACGGGAAUCUACUUAUUGCAUUCUCUUAUCUACUUACGAGACACGAAAAUAAAACAGGGUCGCCCGAAAAGCCAUUCUCUGAUCUUGGAUUGUUGUCCUAUCGAAACUAUUGGAAACUAACUUUAUGUUAUGAGCUCCGUAGCCAAUCAGCGCCAGUAACUAUCGUUCAGCUUUCACAACGCACUGGGAUGACACCGGACGACGUCGUUUGUGGUCUAGAGGCAUUAAAUGCUCUGGUACGGGAUCCAGUUACUGGAACCUACGCCUUACGCAUUGACUAUCCCGCCCUUGAAGCCCAUAUCCAAAAGUGGGAGGCCAAAGGGUAUGUAAAGCUCAAUCCAGACGCGCUUGUUUGGACGCCUUAUGUUGUUGGACGAUCCCAAGCUGUGCAACUUAACGAGCCUUUGCCGACAAUCGCACCAAGGCCUGAGCCGGCGGCACUCAGCAAUAUUGGAGAAGACAGAGGAGGCAAUGCAAUUGGAGACCAGGGACGGAAUGGUAGUAGAUCUUUAACAGGGGACGCCAUGGACAUGGACAAAAUCGUCCCGACCCUUCAUACGUUUGAUUUAAAGGUUCCCGAGACCCCCUUCACCCCCUUUGCUCCUCUGAGGGCAACCCCAUUGGCUAUGAAAUUUGCAUCUCCUAGCAAGUGGAACUCGCAAAUGAAGUCAUUCAUGCAGGACGAUAACACCGACGAUAUACCGCCCACUAGAUUUGAAAUUGUCCCCCCGCCGCCUGGAAGUUAUACCAAGAAGAUGCGUGCAGGGUCUUCGGUUCCCCGAGGAAGAACACCAGGCACCAAAAACCGGAGAGGACGGAAAACACUAGACACGCCGAACGGAUUCUCAUCUGGAAAGGCAAGAGGAGAGGGUACAAGAGAUUUCCACGGAAGCCCCUCAAGCUCUGCUGGGCCCCACCAGGAAGGUGAUCAGGAAGGCGUACCAUCUGGUGUGGACCCCGGAAUGCGCCCUGGUCCGAGUUUAGUGGUAGCAUCGGAAGUGUAAUACAAUGGGUAGUAAAAGGGUUUUCUCAACCAGGAGUUUGUCAGUUCAUUCUCCGCUGUCCUUGGGGGAUUUGAAGCCUCUAAUAAAACAAUUUCAUACUUCCACCGAUUCAAUCACCCUCAAACGUCUUUGGAGAUUGUUUCUUUUUAUUUUUAUCUUCAGUGGGUCAGUGUAAUUAAGGCUUCUGUAUUGUAUCUUAAACGUUUCCGGGGUUUGGGAUUUAGUUUGCGGAUGGAAAUGGUAUUUUCUACUGUCUAGGGUUAUUACAAUACGGGCGUUUCUCUCAAGGGUAUUCUUUUUUUUUCUUCUCACAGGAUCUGAUAGCCUCGUUAUAUUUUCCCUCUCACAAGCCCCUCUUCUGUGCUCUUCUGAAUGCGGGGGGACUGGUUUCACCGGCUGGUAUAGGGAAUUGUUUUUCUCACUUUUACCUUCUAUACCACAUGCAAGAGACUAGGGGGUGUCAAAAGUUUUUGCAGCUACACACUCUACCCUAGAGUGCCAUGGCUGGUGUCUAGUUCUACAUAAUUCAUAUUCGGACUUGGGAUAUACGGUA